ACUCACGAGCGAGGGAGGGCUGCCACUUCACGCCUCUGGAACAAAUGGUCGAGGGAAUGUCGAUGUCGAAUCCAAGGCCAGAAGGCUGCGCUCGCCUCGAGCAAAUGAGCGAGCGAAGGACUCCGGCGCUGGCCUUACUGGUGCUGGUGCAGCUCGUGAGCUCGUCCGUCGCUGAAACAUACGAGGACAGGACGACGCUGCGAUCAGCCCAGGGAACUUGUGGCAGUUUCCCCGCGAUUUUCUCUUUCGGGAGCUCGGUGGCCGAUACUGGCGCAGGCGUUCUCCUCCGAGCCGACUCUCCUGCAGGCAGCUUUCCCUACGGGAUCGACUUUCCCGCCCCCAGAUCUGGGCGAUGGAGCAAUGGACGUUUACUGGUCGAUCUUUGGGCCGAAGCGUUUGGCCUUCCCCACCUGGACCCUUUCUUGAAAGCCAUGCGCUCCAGCUUUAGCCAUGGGGCCAAUUUUGCUUGCGGUGGAAGCCGAGUUACUGCAUCAAAGGGCUCUGGUCCAGUCACCCUCAACCUCGAGGUCCAAGUGUAUCAGUUCAAAAUGUUCAAGCGCGGAGUGUUGGCGGCAGAUGGAUGUCCAGACGGACAGAAGAUUUGCUCCUCUUCUCUUCCUCCGGCGUCGGUGUUCAGAGACGCUCUAUACAUAGUGGCAUCUGGAGCGAAUGAUCUCCUCAGUAUGAUAUUCUCCCGUGCACCAAUUGCGAGGAUAGAAGCAGCGAUACCAGAGGUGUCUGCUGCCAUCAUCAGCUCUGUGAAGGAACUUUACGCGGAAGGAGCAAGAUCUAUCCUGGUUGAAGAUGUUUAUCCGAUAGGAUGUAUGCCCAUAACUCUGGCUGCAAAUCUUUCGAUUUACGGAGAGGCCGCGCUUCCAGACUCUUCCGGCUGUGUCCAGAUCUUCAAUCAGAUGGCUACAAUGCAUAAUUCCUUCCUGAAGAAGGAGAUUGCAUCCUUCGGUCAAUUGCAUCCUGAUGCUUCUGUGGCACUGGUGGAUACAUACAGCAUUCGGCUGGACUUGAUGACAAACCCGGCCAAGCACGGCUUCAAAUAUGGAAUUGCUGCAUGCUGUGGAAUAGAAGGACUACCGUGGCGAUUCAGCAACACAGACAAGUGCGGUGUAAGUUCGAAACCACAACCGUGUGCUGACAGAUCACAGUACGUCGUAUGGGACGGUCUACACUACACUGAAGCAGCGAAUAUCGCCACCAUGGAAGCAUUUCUAACAGGAAAGUAUUUUUAUCCAGGAAUUCCCAUUUGGAAUACCACUGCAUCGUGUAGUCUUUUACAAGUCACUAUGUAAACUAGCGUACCGUUCACUGCUCAAGUUCAGUCCAAGCUGCGAGUAUACGGUGUCAGAUUUCUCAGUGCACUACAUUCGCGGAAUGUACGCCCGUCAACGCCCUCUAUCCACUUCGGUUAUGUUGGACCUCGGGAGGUAUCCCGUAAGCUUAUAGGAUACCUCACGAGGUCCCACACAAACCUUCGUAGAACUCUUCGUUGAAUACGGCUACGGCAUCAUUCCAACAUCAAAGAUUUGUAACGCUCAAUUCAUACCUCUAAAGAAAGUAGUCGCUAAUGCCAAUCCAUGGUAGAAAUCUUCCAACUGUUCGAAGAAAUGAAGCCAUUAGUGACUUCUGAUGUAGAGUACUGCGGUAAGCUUGAAAUGAUUAAAACUGCGUUAAUUCUCUAGCGGAAAGAAGUCUUUCCAGCUUCACCGAGAAAUAUAGGACACUUAUGCUUUGUACACUUAAUUACGGCAAGAGCACGGUAAGUAGGCCUCCUUAGAGGUCGAAACUGUCAUACACUUACACUGUACUUUCCAUCACUCGUGUGUAAAAAUUUACACACGAGUGAUGGAAAGUAGUCUAUCUCAUUACUGCCAAACAUGUCUUAUUUGUUCGUUUGCUAUUAUAUGCUAUUAGUCCUCCAUGUGGAAGCACGCCCGGGUCUGAGUCUAGCCUUCUUACUAGCUUUUGCACCCCC